GCUAAAAAAAAGAGACGUGAUACCUCAGUAUCCCAUCUGUUUGAUUCUCCUAUUAUCCUGAUCAACUUAUCUUCUUCAUUUUCUAUCAUUUUAAUCACUAAACAACAUCGAUCACCGGAAAUGCAGAGAUUGGUAACCUCAACUUCAUUAUUGAGAUCGGCAAAAGAUCAGUUCUCCCGGUUGCGCGCUCGCGGUCGAUGGUUCUCGUCCAUGCCCGAACACGCCGCAACCGGAUCGAAGAAUGAAGAACCCGUGUUACCGCGGUUCGAGUAUUCUCCACCGCGGUACAUGGGUCCUACCGCGGAGGAGAUUGUUCGUAAGCGUAAAGAGUUCCUGAGCCCAUCUAUGUUCUACCUCUACAAGAAACCGUUGAAUAUUGUUCAUGGAAAAAUGCAAUAUUUAUUUGAUGAAAAUGGGCGAAGAUACCUGGAUGGAUUUGGAGGAAUUGCUACGGUAAGUUGUGGUCAUGGUCACCCUGAUGUGGUUCAAGCCAUUGUGAACCAAACCAACAACAUACAACACUCCACCAUUCUCUACCUCAACCAUGCCAUUGCCGAUUUUGCCGAAGCCCUCGCCUCCAAGAUGCCCGGCGAUCUCAAGGUUGUGUUUUUCACUAAUUCGGGUACGGAGGCAAAUGAGUUAGCGAUGAUGAUCGCGCGGUUGUACACCGGGUGUCAAGACGUUAUCUCGUUGAGGAAUGCUUAUCACGGCAACGCAGCUGGAACAAUGGGGGCUACUGCAAUGUGCAACUGGAAAUUUAAUGUUGUGCAGAGUGGGGUGCAUCACACGCAAAAUCCGGAUCCUUAUAGAGGAGCAUUUGGGUCGGAUGGAGAAAAGUAUGCCAAAGAUGUCGAAGAUUUAAUCCGAUUUGGAACCUCAGGUCAUGUUGCCGGUUUUAUUUUCGAAGCGAUUCAGGGGGUUGGAGGAAUUGUCGAAUUGGCCCCGAAUUACUUGACAAGUGUUUAUAGUACCAUAAAGAAGGCCGGAGGGCUUGUGAUCGCCGAUGAGGUCCAGUGUGGAGUUGCUCGAACGGGGAGCAACUUUUGGGGAUUUCAAAACCAUGGCAUUGUGCCCGAUAUAGUCACAAUGGCAAAGGGUAUUGGGAACGGGAUUCCCCUAGGUGCGGUAGUUACGACCCCCGAGAUCGCAACGGUUCUAACCCGAAGAAACUAUUUUAAUACAUUCGGAGGGAACCCGGUUAGCACUGCUGCCGGCCAUGCGGUUCUCAAAGUUAUUGAGAAAGAAAAACUUCAAGAGAAUGCACAUGUUGUUGGAUCCUAUUUAAAGGAACGUCUAUGUUCCCUCAAAGACAAGCAUGAAAUUAUCGGAGAUGUACGAGGAAGAGGGUUGUUACUUGGAGUUGAACUUGUUACCGAUCGGAAAUCAAAAACUCCAGCAAGUGCAGAAGUAUUGGAAGUGAUGGAUAACAUGAAAGAUUUAGGGGUGUUGAUUGGCAAAGGUGGAUUUUAUGGUAAUGUUUUUAGAGUCACACCACCACUCUGCUUCAACAAACAAGAUGCGGAUUUUCUUGUCGAUGUUAUGGACUAUUCAAUGUCGAAGCUUUGAAGAUUUGGUAUCCAAGCGAGCCAACUAAGUAACCAUAUCUAAUGGUUUUUAAUUGUAUCAUGAGCCGACAUCUCGUCGUCUCUACAUAUUCUUGUGUUUAAGAAAGAAAAUAAAAACAUGUUACAAACUCUCUUUUUCUUUAGUUUUCACUUUUCACCAUGUAUAAAUGUUCACAAUCCCAUUGCACUUAUUGUACGAAUAAUUUAUUUACUCUAAAACCAUGUUUUCGAA